ACAAACAAAAGUUAAAACAAACUGCCUAAAGAACGAAACUUCCUUCCUCUAGCUCUAACUAUUGAUGUAUUUGUGUUACAGUUACUGUUGAUGUAUAGAUGUAUUUGAAUACAUCCCUAGUUUUAUUACCUUCUAAGUAAAACUAAAUCUUGAUACUUUAAAAAAUGUCUUUCGAUGGUGUAGAAUUUGAUGCAGUGACGAGUACCAACCUUAUUUUUUACUAUCACUAAAUGAAAACACUGAAGCAUGAAUAAACUUAUUUGCAAACUUGGAAAUUGCAAUGCCCGUGGCCUCAUGAGUAAAGAUUAAACUUAUUAACUGUUUUUCAAUUAGUUACAAUGCCAGAACUUACUGUGUCCUCCGAGAUAUAUACGGAGUAUGACUAUAGUACUAAAACAACACCUAGUAUAGAAGGAAAUGUGAUAUCAGAAUUCCCAUUCCUAUUAGUGGAAAAUAAUGAAGUCAAAUAUGAUGAAGAUGGUGACUUGGAUAUAACUAGACCAAAAGAAUUUUCUAUUAAAAUAGAGCACAGUGCGCAAACAAAAAUAGCACUAGUAGGGUUGCAAGUAUGGCGCGGCGCCUUCUUAAUGGGCGACCUACUCAUACAUUUGGGACUCGGGAGGCGACUGGCUGGGAAGACUGUGCUGGAGCUGGGAGCUGGCACCGGGAUCACCAGCUUCGUGGCUGCUAUGUACGCUAAGAAGGUUGUGUGCACAGACAUAAACCUUGGAGGCAUUUUGGAACUUAUAAAAUUGAACGCUAAAUACAAUUCCAAGCUGAUACAAUCUGAGUUCAAAGUGUUGCCUCUGGAUUUCAUGGAGAUUGAUUGGAGUGAACAGCUGACGAGGGAAAUAAACGAUGUUGAUAUAGCAAUCGCUGCUGAUGUUAUCUACGACGACGACGUGACAGCAGCGUUUGUGUCGACGAUACAAAAAAUUCUGAAUUCGAAACCGCCAAAGACAUUAUACGUAGCUUUGGAGAAGCGCUACGUCUUCACCAUAGAGCAUAUGGACUCUGUGGCGCCGUGUUACGAAACAUUCCUCUCUUUGCUGGACAAAGUUAAGACAGACAACGCUCAUUCCACCUGGACAGUCGAGCAACUACCCCUCGACUUCCCUAAGUACUUUAAGUACGACCGCGUCAAAGAAUUAGUUUUAUGGAAAAUAUCUUCUAGAAACAUUAAGACAUAACGCUGUGAUAUUAAAUUGUUAUAAUUGAUGA